GCUUAUUCAAAUUUAAAUGUUCAGGGACGAGAACAUCGACAGCUGUGACACACUCUGCCGUGCUAGCUCUACUUUUGUCGGCACUACCUUCGAUCCACCUCAGAGGUCCUUCCAAGAAACCAAGCAGGUGCCUCCAGCGAAGGCUGGAGGCACUCGACAGAUCUUUGGAAGAGUCGAGCUUGAGGAGUACCAGAAAAAGGCGGAAAAAGAGCGCCUAAUUCAGCUUAAAAAGCAAGUUCGGGCACAAGAGAAUCAUAUUGCUCGCAAGGGUAAAGCCAAGGAAUACCAAGACCGGCUAAAGAAGGAACAAGAAGACAAGGAGAAAUAUGAAGAAUACCUGAAAUAUUUAGAGCAAAAGAAGGAAUUCGAACGGCAACUGAAGCUCCGAGCCGAGCAAGCUGAAGCAAAAAGGAAAAUGGAGGAGGAUUUUAUUCGCAGAAAUCAAGAAUUAGAGGACAAGCGAAGAGAAGAGGCUCGUAAAAGAAUUCAAGAUGAAAAGAUAGCAAAGGAAAGAGGUAGCCAAGCCCUUGCUAAAGAGGUCCAACAUGUCACUAAGAUUGCUAAUUAUGAUAAUGAUCGGAGAAUGAUAGAGAGAAAGCAAGGUGUUAAGAAAUUUGAAACUGAGCUUUCUCACAACCUUGCUAAAGAUUACCGUGCUAAAGAGGAACAAAGAAGGAUGCAACAGGAAAUCCAGAGGAAAAUUGACGAGAAUACCGGUAUUUAUGCAUACGAUAAGAAUGGAAACAAGAUGGAUAAUGUUACAUUGUCUUCAGAGAGUAUUGAUUACUCAAACACUUGUUUCCACAACACCCUCAUUGUAAAGCAUGAGACUGAUACACCUAUGUCUGAUAAAUCUAAGACUUCGAGGUCAGCCUUUGAAACAGCUGAAGAGUUCAAAGGAAAUAUUGAAAGGUCUAGAAUUGAUAAGCUGGAACAAAAGAGAAUCAAUGACAUCAAAGCCAAACAGAGAGGUAAACAAGCUAUGGAGAAACUUAACACUAAGCAGGUGAAUUUUGAACGAAAGCCAGUUUACCAAGCUAUCGGGAGAGAGGAACUGCAGAGAAAUACUAAGCAAAGAAAAAUGGAAACUGAUAUCGAGAAAGCUUUGAAUAUCAGUCAGCAUGAAUCUCAGAAAAAUAAAUCUGCAAAAGAGAAAGCUAAGAAAGAGGAAACCAAAGAACUUAUUGAGUCUAAUGAAUUAAAGAACUCUCAAAAUAAAACCUCAAGCAGAAUCUUGAUGCCUAAUGUUGUUAUUGAGGAAGACAUCGAGGGAGAAAAAUCUGAGUGAGAUAUGCUUUCACAGGAAUCUCCUCAGGCGAGUAUAUCCAUUCAAAGAUCUGAAGAACAACCUCCUAAAAUAGAGAUGGAACCUCUACCUAGAUAUCCAGAAGAGGUUCCUUUACAGAAUCGAGGAGUUCCUCAUAGUGCUCCUCAGAAUUAUCAGAUCCCUCUUCCUCAAUAUAAUCAGCCUCAAGUUCAGAUCCAAGAUCCAAACAUGAUGAUGCUAUAUCAACAACUUCUUGAAAGCCAACAGAAAGCUCAGCAGAUGGAGAACAUGAUGUCAACAUUAGGCAUGAGCAGCCAGCAGAUGCCUGCUGCUGGUAGCCAGAUCAGCCAACCUCAGAGUAGUGCAUCUUCUUAUUCUGAGAGUAGCUACUCUGAAGAAAGAAGUAAAAGGCAGGAGAUUCAGAUCAGUGCACAGAAGGAUAACUCUCUCAAUAUGUUUCCUAAUCAAAGUUCUGAGCCAGUUAAGAAUAACUUACAGAACUCUAACUGUGGAAAUGGUCCUCAAAUUAAUAACUUCUUGAAGCAGAAUGAAGAGGUAGAGAUCAUUAAUUAUACUGAUACUAGCCAGAGUGAUAUCACGGUCAGAAGCAACCCUGAGUUUAGUAAAUGCUACGACAACAGUGAAGAACUCAGUUCAACUUCAGAGGAGGAAUAUGGCCAACAGCCUAGCCAGAACUUAGCCAAGAAAGAAAUUCAGAUAAAUCCCUCGCUUGUAUCUCCAACUAUGGAGGGUAGGCAGGUUGUGUUAUCAAGGAAGGAAGUUCCAAAUCCUGUCGGACAGAAAUAUUCACACCUUUUACCAGGAGGAAGUCAAUCUGAGUCAAGCUCUCAAUUUGCAGAUGAAUUUCUAAAUAAUGAAGCUCCUACUAUGUCUGAAGAGAUAUUGUCUUCUUCUGAGCUAUCUCAAAGUGACAAUGGUUCUCAGCUAAGAAGUGAUGCUCUUUCCGAAUCUUAUACCUCUGAUAUGACGGAAGAGCUACAAAAAUCUAAAAUUUCAGCUAAUUUCUAUACCACAAAUGAGCUCACAUACAGUUAUUCAGAUAUUGAUCCUCAGGACUCAAAUUCUCAACACUUUGAUGAAUUUAUUGGGAACAACAAGCCUUCUAAUCCUUCACAGAUGCAAGUGUUCACUUAUGAGCCAGUGUUUGGUUCACAAGCGAUACAGAAGGAGCCUCAGAUAGAAUCUGAGGCUGCUCCAGAAGCUUCUAGGCAGCCUCUAAAUAUGUACAUUCCUCAUAAGGAACUAGGCAAGCCAUCUCUGGCUGAUGAGUUCAGGUCUAGGAAGAAGCAAAUCUCUCAGUCAGGAUUUCCAAUGACUAACCAAAAGUUGGCAGCGCCAACUUUUGAAGAAUCUUAUGGCAACUCUAAUCAGGAGAAUAUCCCUCAGAACCAGCAAAAAUCAUCUCAGAAGUUGUAUGCUGGAGGUAGAACUAAGGAACAGAUUUUGGCACAGAGACGUGAGAUGAUGAAGCCAAAGAGUAAAGCUGCUAACUCAAAUAAAUCAAAUUCCACUCUGGAAAAACUUGCUAAAGGUGAAAAAUUGCCUACAAACAAAAAGGAGAUGCUAAAAUUCACUAAGAAGAACUACGAUAAGCUCCCAGAGGUACAGAAGAAGAGAGAAGAAGAGAGAAGGAAGAAGGAAAAGAAAGAGCUACUCAAGAAAGUCAAGGAGAACGAACAGAGAAGAAGAGAGAUGAUCCGAAAUAACUGAUAAUUUCCAUAUAUUUCAAUUCCCUUAA